AUGCCCCUUCGGUUUCCUACCCCUGGGCUCUGGGACGGGUGUGACUUUGCAGGUACUGUCGUCGCAGUAGGCAGUAUAGCCGCAAAAGAGGGGCGAUUCCACCGUGGAGACAGAGUCUUUGGUGCUGUUCAAGGAUCGAAUCAAGCCGAUCCAUUAACUGGGUCCUACUGUGAGUAUUUAAGGAUCGAACCAGAUUUCGCUUUCCAUAUUCCGGAAGGGUUAUCUUUCACCACUGCACCAGCCAUCUCUGGAACCGGUAUCGCCACACUCGGAAUUGCAUUAUUCUGGUCACUUUGCCUUCCUGGAAGCCUGGAAAAGCCCUCUACAAAGCCACUCUAUGUGCUAGUAUAUGGAGGAAGCAGUACAAUUGGACUUCUCGCCAUUCAGAUGGUUAAACUCUGCGGCCACCGUGUCAUUACGACGUGUUCGCCGCAAAACUUUGGAUUAGUUCGAUCCUAUGGCGCAGAUCUGGCUUUUGAUUAUAAUUCAGAUACAUGUGCCCAGGAUAUUCGGACUGCUACUAAAAAUGCCCUCCGCUAUGCUCUUGAUCCCUUUGCUGAGGCAAAGACAGUACGCAUAUGUCAAGAGGCCAUUGGCCGAACAGGUGGACGAUAUUGUGCUCUAGAACAAUACCAAGAGCAUCUUUGUACGAGAAGGACCGUCAAGAACGAGCUAGUGAUGGGAGGCGCUAUCUCUGGCAAUGGCGUGCAGCUGCCAGAGCCAUACGGUAUUCCCCCGAAGCCAGAGAUAGGAGAGUGGGCGAGGGCUUGGUAUAAAACGGUUCAGCACUUAGUUGAUGUGGGCCAGCUGAAGCCUAGCCCAGGAAGGGUCAUUGAUGGGCGUUUUGAAGGAAUUCUUGAAGGCCUGGAGAUUCUCAGAAGUGGAAGCGUCUCGGGCCAGAAACUAGUGGUUUUAUUGGACAAAGUCGCUUAA